UUUCGUCGUCUUCUUCUCUUAAUUUUAACCCGCGAGAAAAUAUACUACUAAUAUUUAUUUUUUGUCAAAUCCAAAUUUCAUUUUCGCCAUUCCAAAAGUCCGAUUUCAGUCCUUGAUUCCAGUCAUUCCUCAAUCGAAUCAUAUCGGAAUUAUUCGAAUCGUAAAUAAACAAACAACCACUUCUGUGUUACAAUCUCCGGCGGGUUUUCUGAAUCGUCAAAAAAAAAAAAAAAAGUUAUUGUGAAUCGAGGGUUUAUGUGAUUUUAUUGGAUUUUUGUAGAACUUUGUCGAGGAGUUUUCAGAAAUGAAAUUGAAGAAAUUCUGAAAAAAUGGUGACAAGGAAGCUUGGUAAAUAUGAGCUAGGAAGAACAAUUGGGGAAGGAACUUUUGCUAAGGUUAAGUUUGCUAAGAAUACUGAAACUGGAGAAAAUGUUGCUAUUAAGGUUCUUUCCAAGACUACCAUUCUCAAACAUAAAAUGGUGGAUCAGAUCAAGAGAGAAAUAUCCAUAAUGAAGAUUGUGAGGCACCCAAAUAUAGUUAGGUUGCAUGAGGUUUUGUCUAGCCGCACAAAGAUAUUUAUCAUUCUUGAGUUUGUCACAGGAGGAGAAUUAUUUGAUAGAAUUGUUCACCAGGGAAGAAUCAGCGAGAGUGAGUCCAGGCAAUACUUUCAGCAACUUAUAGAUGCAGUAGAUUAUUGUCACAGGAAGGGAGUCUAUCACAGGGAUUUGAAGCCAGAAAAUCUUCUUCUUGAUUGUCACGGAAAAUUGAAAGUUUCUGACUUUGGGCUGAGUGCACUACCCGAGCGAGGAUUGCUCCUUCACACAACAUGUGGCACCCCUAACUAUGUUGCACCCGAGGUUCUUAGCCACCAAGGUUAUGAAGGUUCCAGUGCUGAUGUGUGGUCGUGUGGUGUUAUCCUAUAUGUCAUAAUGGCAGGAUACCUUCCGUUUGAUGAGACAGACCUUCCGGCACUAUACAAAAAAAUUAAUGUAGCAGAGUUUUCUUGUCCAAUUUGGUUCUCUCCUGGGGCGAAGGCCUUGAUACUAAAGAUACUUAACCCCAACCCUAAAACACGAAUAUCCAUCGAGGGGAUAAAACGUGAUCCAUGGUUCAGGCAAAAUUAUGUGCCUGUUAGAUAUGGUAACGAGGAGAAAGUCAAUCUGGAUGAUGUUAGUGCUGUCUUCAAUGACAUUGAGGACCAAUAUGUAUCUGAGAGGACGGCUAAUGAUCAAGGCCCUUUGAUUAUGAAUGCAUUUGAGAUGAUCACGCUUUCUCAAGGAUUGAACCUAUCAGCUCUCUUUGACAGGAGACAGGACUAUAUAAAAAGACAGACUCGCUUUGUGUCUCGCAAACCAGCGAAUGACAUUAUUUUAGCAAUUGAAGCUGCUGCGGGAUCCUUGCACCUCAGGGUCCAUUCUCGUAACUAUAAGAUGAGACUGGAAGGUUUAUCUGCUAAUAAGAUCGGGUGUUUUGCUGUUGCCUUGGAGAUUUACGAAGUGGCACCUUCUCUUUUCAUGAUAGAUGUUCGAAAAGCCUCCGGGGAUACUCUUGAAUAUCACAAGUUCUACAAGAAUUUAUGCUCGAAACUUGAACAUAUAAUUUGGAAACCAACAGAAGCUAGUGCGAUGCCUGGAUUGGUUAAAUCAAUGACUUGCUGACCCAAUCCUAAAGGGUGUGACGCAAGUCGAAAAAGCAGGCAAGCUAAUUCUUCACAGGACCUAAAUAGCCAACUGCUUGGUCAUCUUUGAGGAAAGCCUUCUCCUGUAUUGUUGUACACAAAUAGUAACUAUAAGAAAUGCAAAUAAUUGAGUUUAGUUUACGGUGUUUUAAUUGUUAAGUACUACUUGUUAUAAGUCUAGCAAUGAUGCUGCUCGUCGUUAAGUUUGUAGAAAAUAGAGUUAAGAAUCCCAAAAUUUUGAUCAUGUAUAAAAAUAAAUACUUCUCAAGUUGGAUUCAUAUAUGAUAUUU